UUUCUCUUAUAUAUUGCAUCAUCUCAAGUAUUCAAAAACAGCCAUUCAGUCCUCAUCCCAUCCAGAACAGUCUUCUAAACCUAUUCCAUCCCCUUUCUCAAACCUCCAGUUUAAAUUUCAUCUACCAUCUUCAUCAUGCGUUUCUCUCAGUUCGCCAUCUUGGCUGUUGCCUCUGCAGUCACCGUUGCUGCUGCUCCCGCUCCUGCUGAUUAUGGCAACUACGGAGCAUACGGUGCUUAUGGACAAUACCAAAACUACCCACAGUCAACCACAACUACCUCAACGAGCAGCACUGCCAGUGCUACUCCCACAGGCUAUGGUUCUUACGGUUCUUACAGCGCUUACAAGGAGAAGCGUGAAGCUCUCCCUGAAGCUGCUCCCGAGCCAGAGCCAGCUGCUGCAGGCUACGGAAACUACGGAUCGUAUGGAAAGUACGGAUCAUAUGGUUCUUACCCACAAUCAUCUAAAUCUUCUGCUACCCCAAGCCCAACACCUACUGGGUAUGGAAGCUAUGCCAGCUACGGUAGCUACAAGAGGGAGGGUGAGGCAGAGGUUGUGGCUUAAAUACCGGCGUUCACAAUCGUAGACGGAUGCAGCAAGAAAUCGAACAAGAGAGAAAACUGACAGAGGACGAGCGAGUCAGGGUUAGAAAACAGUCCUUACGGAUAAUUAGUAAUGAUGAAUAACUAUCUUGAGACACU